AUGGCUGGUAGAAGAGUUUGGGAUCCGGGUUUAGUGGAUGAGGUUUUUUUACUGUGGGAGGCUGAGUUGAUAAAGAGGAUCCUGUGUGUGGAGCGCCUGUCGAAUGUUGGAGACAAAUGCAAGAAGCUUAAGUCCGGGUACUUCUUCUUCAGAAGGGCAGAGCAAGGAAAGUUAGAAGCUGUGACGCGUGGUAUUGUUGCUCCUGUGCGUUGGUUUCGACCUCCAGAUGGUUUUUAUAAGGUGAAUUUCGAUGCUGCUCUAUUUGAGAAUCUGGGCUGUGCAGGUAUUGGCAUGGCAGUACGGGAUUCAGAUGGUGCGAUAAUUGCUGUGUUAUCACAACGGAUCCCUCUUCCUCUGUCAGUGGAGAUGGCUGAAGCCAUGGCAGUGCGAAGGGAUGUUCUUUUUGUGCAAGAGAUGUGUCUUUCCAAGGUGUUAGUGGAAGGUGAUUGUCUUCGGGUGGUUUCAGCGAUGAAUUCUCUGGUUUGCUGCAAUACUUUGUAUGGGAAUGUCAUUGAGGAGUCGCGUCGUCAGUCCAGUCAGUUUCAAGCUUGCAAGUUUAUCCAUGUGCGCCGAGAAGGGAAUAAGUUAGCUCACGCCCUCGCUAGAAGAGCAGUUUCAUCUGCAGAUUUUAAUGUUUGGGUAGAAGAACUACCCUUUGAUUUGGAGUGUGUACUCCAAAAUGAUAUUUCUUAA